GGCGUUUUCAUUGGCCGCAGUGAGGAGAGAGGAGGAGGGAAGACCGACGGACGGAGGAAUUCCUCAGCGCUCCUCAAAUUUCUCCAAACCGCGGACCUCCAGCUCCUCUCCACCCGGACAAAUAACCCGACCAGCUCCCCGCUUGUCUCCUGUGCCGAGCCGCCUUUUACGCAACGAUGUGGAGAAGUGUCCCCGCGCUGCUUCUGGUGGCCCUCGCAGUCUCCAACGCUGAGGAGCUGAAGAGCAAGAGCAAGGUGUGCGCCAACGUAUUCUGUGGAGCCGGCCGAGAGUGUGCCGUCAGUGAGAAGGGGGAGCCGAGCUGCCUGUGCAUAGAGAGCUGCAAGCCCCACAAGAGGUCAGUGUGUGGCAGCAACGGUAAGACCUACAGGAAUCACUGCGAGCUCCACAGAGAUGCUUGUCUCACCGGCUUGAAGAUCCAAGUGGCUCACGAUGGACACUGCCGGGAAAAGAAAACUGGGCAGGCAGCUGCAAGUCCAGUGGUGUGCUAUGCUGCUGACCGCAACGAGCUGAGGAGUCGUGUCAUCCAGUGGCUGCAGACCGAGGUCAUCCCGGAUGGCUGGUUCGUCAAGGGGUCCAACUUCUCUGAAAUCCUGCUGAAAUACUUCAAGUCUUACGCCAACAGCGACUCUCAGUUGGACUCCUCCGAACUGCUGAACUUCAUCCAGCACAACGACUCGGUGGUAGAGCUACACUCCUACGCCGACCAGGAGAGCAACCGGCUGCUCAGGAGCCUGUGUGUUGAUGCGCUCAUCGAGCUCUCCGAUGAAAACGCCGACUGGAAGCUGAGCUUUGAUGAGUUUCUCAACUGUCUGAAACCUGGUUUCAACCCACCAGAGAAGAAAUGUGCCCUGGAAGAUGAACUGUACGAGGAUGGAGCAGAGACGCAGGUCGAGUGUAAUCGCUGCGUUUGUGCCUGCGGCAACUGGGUCUGCACUGCGAUGACCUGCAGCGGCAAAGACAAACAUGGGGCUGUGGAUGAGUCAGCAGAUCCUGGAGCAGAGAUGACGGAGGAGGAGUGGAACCUCCGUGUGGCUGAGCUCAACAAACAUCAGGAAACAGUCGAGAAGAUGAAAGUCAGCACAAAAGAGGUCUAAGAAACGACACAGCAGAAGAAGAUGGUGGUGCCAAAACCCUUCUUUUAUACUUGAUUUACCUUGAGUUUCAUUAAACAUUUAUUUGUCUCUGCUAUAUGAAUUAUUAUUAUCCAUUUUUUACAGUGUUUUAAUAUUUGCUGUUUGUUACAUUCAAAGGCAAUCAGAAUGUAAGCAGACUGCCUUGUGUUCAGUACUGUAAUGUUUGAUUUUGUUACUGCACCUCGAGGCCCAGGGGUAGUUUUUACUACAGUCUUGAUAUCGUUUUUUUAAGUUACUAGGAAAGAAACAACCAAGUAGUCACUCUUUUGGAAUAUAGAAGUUGGUGCUUUAGAUUGUUUUGAAUCUGGAACCUGAGAAAGUUUGUUUGUUUGUUUAAAUGGUGCCACGCAUUUCUCCAUCUAAAUAAGAUAAGAAGGUAGCGUUUUUGUUGCUUUUAACGUAGUUGCCAUUUAGAACUGCCACAUAACCAUGACCGUUGCACUUCUCUUCUUUUCUUUGUAUCUUACUGCUUAGGUAAUUAUUUACAGCAAAAAAAAUGUUAUGAAAAAAGUUUCUAUGUACAGUAUGUUGAGUAGGGAUCUCGUGUCACCAUGUUAUGCUUUGACAAGUUUCCAACGUGUUUCUUUUUUAUGUUAAACAUUUUAAACAAUCCAGCUCUGACUGCAUGUUAGUGAAACCUGAUCAGAGUAUAACACGGUGAAACUUUAAACCAAAGUCUUAAUGAAGUGUUUGAAUGAUGUAAAAUGUUCUCCGGGUAAAACAUUACUCUGGACCCAGCAACAACACAAUACCUGUGCUUUCAAAAUCACUAACUGAAGGACUAGCCUCACUGUCCGCUGAAGUAGCAUAGAUGCAUCAAUAACUGGGUGCAAAUAAAAUGUGUGUGAAUGUGUGUGUGCUUGUGUGUGUACAAGUGUGUUAGCUUUGUUUAAAGUGUUUGUAUCUAAAAUGGGAUGUAUAACGACAAAAAUCAGUGCCUUAGACCUGCAAACAGAAUCAGCUUGCCUCUACAUUAGUUACUGCAAGAAUGAGUGAGCUUUUAUGAAUGUUCAUUAGAAAUCAUGUGCAUUAUUUUAGAACCCUGAAACAUCUGUGUGUUGCAUUACAAGAUUUGAACUAGAUUUUUUCAUUCCACUAAAAUGCCUGUUUGUAAGGAUUGUAUGACAAUAAAGUCUCUACACUACA